AGCUAUGGGCAUCCUUUUGCUCAGCAACGCUCUGACUGUCGGGCGCCCUGCGCGUUCGCGUUUUGCGCGUCCACUGCCUGGCUUGCAAUGACCAUGUAAACAUGCCAUAUUGUGGCUGCAAUUUAUUGUGCAACGUGAAGCCUCGCGCGCGCUAAGGCUUCAGACCUGGCACGCAACUUCCUGCUGCGCUCGUGUUUGCCAGAGUUUCGCGAGACUUGCAACAUACACAGGGAGCAACACCGGAAAUUGCACCGGAUAAAUGUCGAUUUAUCUGAGCGCAUGGGGCAACGCUUCUACCGUAGCUUUCUUGCGCAAACUGAAGGCUAUUCUUUAGUAAAACAGCGUGCUCAUUUCAAUUCGAAGCGCAAGAAGCUCCAACCAUGACUUCUCCCUCUGCUGUUCUCCGUGGCCUGCGUUCCGCGAAUUUGUCGCUACGCCCUGGCGAGGGCCAGACCGUUAAUGUUAAGCUUCUCGGCCGCAUCGUGGAGGCUGUGGACUAUGAGCCGGAGGUCGUCGGGCUGUGCCCUCCAGAGUGGGACAAGCAACGUGAGGCCGUUCACCUGAUCGUCGUGUUCGAGGAUGACCCCGAGACCUUCUACACGGUCAUGGUGUACCAGGUGCAGCACUUUGCAAACCGCGAAGACUUGAAACGUGGCAACUACAUCCUGCUUGUGCGCCCAUUUGCGCUACUAGCAGCAGAGGAGGUCAUGUCGUGGAAGCCAGCGGGCACGUCCGACACCUGCCUCGGUGUGGACUGCUGCCUGGACCGUCCUCGCGUUCUGUCACCGGGCGCCGCUGCCGAGGAGUUCCCGCACCUGCUGAUUGAUGACGCGCGCCUCGUCAUCAACAGCACGCCCCUGACCCAGAUGCAGCCCAAGGCGGGAUUCACGGGGGUCAUGUGGGUGGAGACGGUGGAGGAGUCGAGCGUGUGGGACGGGAGCGCGGUCGUCACGGUGGUAACGGGAGUUGAUGGCACCUCCAGCGCCCAGCUGCUCAUCAUGCCCAGCUACGACAGCGCCUACGAAGUCAAAAUUAAGAAGCAUAUGCCGCUGUUUGUCUACUGCGCGAUGUGCACCGCAACACACUAUGGGGCGUCGGGCUUUCGCCUGCAGCUGCGCCCGGGCCCCUGCUCCUACUUCUCCCAGCGGCGUGACACCAUCAUUGACCGCUGCGGCUUGACCACAUACAACACCGCCUGCAACGUGUGGUCGGCAUCAGCUGUCGCUCUGGACAACCCCUGCCGGGUUACAGCAGACCACUUCCCGCUGCUCAACCACGGCAUUGGUGACGUCCUGGACUACGCGGCAUCGGCACCACAGGCCAGCGUGAAUGUGGUGCUGAGCGGCACCAUCCACGCCGUGGGGCCGGCCUUCCGCACCAGCUGCGGAUUUGUGGACCUGCGCUGCAGCCGUGGUUCACACACGGACCCGCACCGCUGCACCUUCAUGGCCGGCAACACUCGUCAGACUACCUGCGACAAGUGCGGUGUGAUUGACAUUUCGGGCGCCACGUACAGCCUGCGCGUUGACAUCAUCGACGCCGACGGCAAGCGCCUGGAGAACGUCCGUGCCCUCACCGCCGCUGGCAACCGCAUCUUCAACGUCGCGGACCCCAUGGACUACUACGUGUCCACCUGCAUCAUGUCCACCGCGCAGCGGGAGCAACACGUGGCGCAGCUGCGGCAGCAGGUUAUGGGGCGGAAGGGCAUCUUCGCGCUGUGGCGCAACGGCAGCAAGUACUUCCUCUGCGACAUCAUCUUCGUGUCGGCGCCUACGCCCAUCCUGCACAACCAACCAUCAGGCCCUGGAACGCCUGGCAACUCUCCUGCUAAGAAGCCCCGCAUGCGCUGAAGGGUCUUCCUCCUGAACCACCAAGUCGUCAAGCGCCGAAAGCUGGCGCACGCCGCGGCAACGCUACAGUGGUGGCUGCUGCACCGGCCGCGGGAGCUGCUGUUGGCACGGCGGCUGCUGCAGCCAUUGCUCCUCCUGCGGCUGCAAUUGGAGCUGUGGCAGCAGCACGUGCAGCUGCAGGUGCAGUUGCCGGCGGCGUUGUGACGCCAGCGGCAUCCAGGCCAGCUGGGCCAUACGCGCCAUAAUGCGGGAUCAGCCCGGCAUUGGGCAACAGGGGCUGAGGGACUGCCGUGAGAGUUGGCUGGACCUGAACACCCGAAGGGCUUGUAGAAGAUAGCGCAUUAGGGUGGUUGCCAGAGUACUGCGCUGCAAUCUGUAGCGCGCGGUUUCGCUGCUGGCUGUCAGCUGCUGACGGCCGGCCUCGACCGCGCUUCCUGGACAGGGUCGCUAGGGCUGCGGCCACAUCCUCGGGCACCGCAGCUGGGAAAUGAGAGCCAGCGGCAACGCCGACGGUAGAGUUAUCAGGCCAGGGGUAGCCACGCAUGCCUGCGUGAACAUUUCCGUGUAAGCAAGUCAGUCAUGG